AUGCAGCUAAACCUACUGUCCACUGUUUUCUUGCUUCGUUUGAUCAUUUCAGUUUGGCCAAGACCCCCUACCAUUCAGAGGCCAGAUCGGGUUCAACUUACACUCCCUGCUGCCGUUUCUAACUACCUAUAUGAAGUUGUGAGGAUCUUGCCAAAUGGAAAUGAAGUAGUUGUGGGAAGAUAUCAGCCAAGUGACAGUCGUCAGCAAACCAUUUCAGCUCAGCCCGGAGAGAACUAUCGUCUAGGACUGCGAGCAAGAUCGAUCGGGUCUCCAAGCCAAGUGUCUGGCAUUGGCUCAACUGUUUCUUUCAACAUUCCUGCAGUACCACGCCCAAUUGAACCUCCGACAGUUCCCACGGUACCAGGAAGAUCAGGCACAAUCAAAACUGGCGAUUUGAGAGCCACGUGGCAGGUGAACGGUGAAGGUGGAGUUGAUGUUGGCCUGUCCACCAACUUGCAGAACCGAUGGAUGGGCUUUGGAAUAUCAAGGAAUGGCUUUAUGACAAACAGCGAUAUGAUAACUGGCUACAUCAAUGGUGAUGGUCAAGCAGUGGUCGAGGAUCGGUUUGCCUUCGGCAGGAUUCGUCCUGCUGUGGACAGCGACAGUCAAGUCAGUGAUGUCCAAGGUCGCCGCCAGGGUGGUAGAGACUACAUCUCAUUCACUAUCCCAUGCAAUAGCCCGGAUCCCAGGGACGUUCCCCUGGAGGGAAGGAGAAGUCUGCUGCUUGCCAUGGGCCCGGUGAGAGGAUCAUUGAUCUCAUAUCACUCAGAUGGAAGGAGCGCAUCUCCCCUCGUGCAGAUUGACUGCUCAGCACGUCAAGCACCAGCUCCAGCACCAUCUCCAGCAGCAACAACAUCAGUUGUAUCAGUGAAUGUUGAUCUUCCACAAGAACUGUCCGGAAGCACUGGUCAAGAUCAGCACUGGAUCGUUGACAUACGUGAAAGCUUACGCGAUGGCAACUGGUCAUCGUUCCAAACGAUUGCCGUCGUAGAAACAUCCCGACCCUCACUCUCCAUUACACUUCCCACCGGAAAUCUGUAUGAACUGUCAUUCCGGGGCAGUGAGUCCAACACACGGAUAACGCGGACUGUCUCAACCUGAAAUUGCUCUCGCCCCGCCCCCCCCCCCCCCCGCGCCAUCAUAGCUGUAGCUUCAGUUCAUCCAGCACUUGUGUAAACAGAGUCGUUUCCGUGUUGACAGUUUUUUCUCUAAGUUAGUACACUGUACUGUCUAAUUAUGUAGUACGGUGCUACAAGCCGGCAGUGAGAUGAAUACUGUACUGCCUGCACUGCCCGCAUUGUCUAAGUAUUCUAUUC